GCACAAAAUUGGGUCCCUAAAUUAAAAUUCUAUGACACAGUUACCAUGCAGAAAUGUCUAGGGAAACAUUUGGUGAAAGUUUCAACUCUCUACUAUAAAAAUAGCGAUAGUUAUUGAAGAUAAACCGUGAGAAACUCCCUCUUGUCGAGAUCAACGCUCUAGGAAACUCCCUUCUGUACCACGUGACAACGAUUUGAGCGUCACGUGGCCGUCACGUGACAAAAGUGCGCGCAUCGGAUGGAGCAGUCUCGUGGGAAAUCCUGAUUGCCUGAUCGAUCUCGUGGGAAAUCCUGAUUGCUACGGAAAGGGCUGACAACCACAGUUAUUUCCCUUCCUCAAUUUUCCAGUUCACUUGCUCAGUGCUGUCAGUUGUUUUUUGUUUGCCCUGCUAUAUAAACUUCACUCCGUCAUAAUCCCCUACUCCCCUAUCCAAUGAACUGUUUCUGUUACAGCUGCCAUUCUGUUGACUGGACCCUAACUUAGUCUUAUCAUUUUCACUUGAUAACUUUAUCCGUGUGCACUUUCUCGAAACUCAACUUAUCUUUGUCAAGACUCAGCUAAUCUCAGAACUAAAUGUUGCCUUAACAGACUUACUUGUCACUGCACUGGGCCCUCCUUUAAAUGCAAAUAUCAUAUGAGCAGCUGAUCGAUUUAUUGCUUGAACUGUGCAUCCUUUUUAAAAAUAAAUAAGGUCAAUUUUACUAUCGUGAAACUUAGUCACUGAAGACAACGCAAUCUGGCUGUGCCGGUUCCCCUCUGCCUAGAUCACUUAGAAUAUCCAUAGUUAGCAAUACUUUUAUCGUUUAAUGCAGCGAUAUAGCCAGUUAUCAAUGCUACAUAGUAGAUUUUAGCCUGUUCCAAUCAUCCUUAUAUCGCGUUAAUGGAAUUUAUGAAAUUGCCUACCGUUCAAAUCGCUCUCUGUUGUUAGCACCACACUGAUUAACUACGAUGUUCCAAUUUUUUAGAAUUAUGUCCGACAUAAUUCUAAUUUUUGCUGUUACAGCAGAUAGUUAUGGUGUAAUGGCACGCAGGAAUAAGUCAUCCCUGUCCUCCAAAAAGCCCAUGAAAAGGUAUUUGGUAAGCUAUGUCUUUUCCAAUAUCAAAUCCAAUGUAUCACAAUCUGUGGACUUUCUACUCAAAAACUAGAUUGAUUAAUUGAUAAUUCAUUGCUGAUUGUUCACGCGCCCUGUAUGGAAGUAUAUAAAUGGUAAUCCGCAUACUCCAGGAAGAAUUGAAGCAAUCUCAAAAGAAAAGAAGGGAAUCUGGAUCCUUCGUCGGAUCGUCAAAGAGCUUAGAGGGGAGCUCUACGCUUCACUGGCCAUGCAAAGCAGGGAGAGUGACGGAGGCGGAGGCACUGCUGGCUGCUGGAACGGACAUUAACAAGCUGGACAGAACGCAGUUUAACCCUUUCAUGGACGCGAUCAACUCAGGUAAAUCAUUCGACCGCCUUAACAAUAUGGGUUUAUUGGUAAUAGUAGCAAGAGGUUUUAGUCAUGCGUUUGAUUACAGCACAGUGUGAAACCCUGAAGCAUACGUCGAGCUCUAAACUCUGUUUUGUCUGAUAAUCAAUUAUUUGAAUAUUGAAGGAUUAAAUUUGGUAACUUGAUGAUCACACAAUUAACAGGACAGGUCGACUGUGCUAGAUGGCUGCUGAGGCAAGACGGUUUAAAGCUUCAGACCGAGAUAUGGUCGUUUUGUAGGGAGAGGGUGCUAGAGUCAUUGCUAACAGCUUAACAGAAGGUAGGGAGAGCGAUCCAUGGCUGUCCCGAUAGACCCACUCAGACUCCUGCCGGAAGAUACUCCUCCGGUUGAUCCAGAUGAGACAGUUCUAGCAGAUGAUCAGUUACAGACUGAAGAACAUAUCCCACAGAUCAAUGCGUCAACAUCUGCAAAUGAAGCUGAUAUCAGAAUCGACAUGAUGAUGGUACUACACGAGAUGCUCAUGGAAAAGGUCUCCGUUUGCUUUCCUCCUCCCACGAGCAGUACAAAGUGUGGGUUCAACUUUAAUCUGAUAGAAGAUAUCGUAUGCGGAACCCAAGCCCGGCCAUGUCUGUACAUAAUAACGAAAGAAACCGGUUAUGCUGCGAGGGCGUUUACCUCGAUAGAUGUUGAAAAUGCCCACAGCAUUAUAAAUCAUUUGGACCGCCGAGGGGUCCAAAACUCCUCAAUCGAAGAGCUUAGUAGACAUGCCAGCAACCUACAGAGACUUCAAAUUCCCAGGAAACCUCUCUAG